GCUUGAUAGUUACCAUAGUUACAUAGCAAAUCCAAACAAUAUUACGCCUGACAGUACUAGGAAUACCGCUGAACGUGGCUGCCUGAAGCUGCAUUACUAAAACAAACAUAAUGAUUGGUUGAGCAUUCAAAAAUUUGCCCAAUAAGAGAACGUCUAUCUUUAAUCCCACUGCGUCAUGGUUAGAGCCUUCUUUCAAAACAACUUGCGAUUGGUUCAAAUUCAAGAGUUUUGUCCAAUCAAAGGGAGUGUUUUAUUAAGUCAAAUUCACGCGGUAAAUUCGUUGAGAGAACGAUUCCAGAAACUUUUUCCUUCAUUCAACAAAUACUUCSGACUGAAAAAAUAACGCUAAAUUUACUCCUAAUUUUUGAGCCAUACGUAUGUAGUAUCCACUUGUUGCGGAGAAUCAUUUUGAGUCGCGCCUUUUGGUUUCUAAACUUCAGAAUUAGGAAUUAUUUGCUUUACCAGAAGGUUUAAACCGAAAGCUGCCAUCUUUUGUGGGCCAGGCUGAAGAAAAAUAUUGCAAAACUUUGCGUUUAUUCAGUACUAAAUUUUAAAAUAUGCUCAUUAUCACUGGAAAAAGAGUGAAGACUCUCAAAAGCUGUCUUUGAAAUGACGGAUUCUCGUGCGAGAAGUAGUACAAAUCAGCAGUCAAGUCCUGAAGAAAGUGGUGCUAAUGCUUCACCAAGAAGUCCACAUGUUAAGUUAUUGAGAACACCAAGGUCUGGCAUGAGGACAAGCACAAAGCUGAGACAGGCUUUCAAGUCCCCAUUCCGACCAAAACAAACUGAAUCUUCACCACCUCCCCUGAAUCCUGAAGAAGAAAAGAAAUCCAUAAAAGAGAAGAUAAAAUCUAUAGAGGAAGAAAUUGCUGAAUUGCAAAAAGAGUAUGAUGUUAGUGAACUACAAGAUCACAUAGACAAACUACAUGAAUACAAUGAUAUCAAAGAUGCUGGUCAACUUAUUCUUGGCAGACUAGCUGAAAUAAAAGGAAAAACAACAAAGCAAAUGUAUGAGGAGUUUGGUCUUGAUAUCAAUGAUUGAUGCAGGGCUUGUGCAGGCUACCAGCAGAUCUCAAGCUCAUGCCAGAAAAUCUUGAACUAAGCUUCUUCCUUUCAUCUUGAUAAGAUAAUACUGUAAGAGAAAUAAGAAAUAUUAAGUAUUAUUAGUGGUCGAGAUUCAUGAUAUCAAAAUAAUGCCAUUACAGUGUGACUGCAUAAACCAAGGCCACCCAAACAAAUCAAAUUCACAAAUCAUGUUUUUGCUGAAUAUGACUGGAUGGCAUCAGUUUAGCAUCUUGAUCAGAGUUUAAACUGUUUCUUAUUCACUCCUGAUCAUACAGUCACAAGGGUCACACAUGUACAAAGUAUUAUGUCUUUAAAAGAAAAAAUUUGUGCAGAUCAUAUUGUUUAAAUACUCUAUCGUGAUUGGCUAAUUUGUAUGGAAUUUUGUCUGGRUUGCCUUGGUUAGUGUAUUUGCACUGUAAUAUGAUGUGAUAAAGCAUUGAGACGUUUGGAGAUUUAUUUGUCAGUGGAAGUUCGGGUUGGGGUACAAGCAUUCUAAUAACAUUUACAAUAUUAUCUAUUAAUAAUUUUGUAGAUAAUUUUUUGUUUGGAUAUUUUUGUGUUGGGAAAAGAAGUUACUAGUGGGGUACAGCCUAGGGGACACUUGGGCUGUUUUUGAUUAAGUAUGUUUCAACAGAAUUCAGCAACUACAAAUAAUUAUUGUUGAAAUUUAUCUAAAAUGCAAGCUACUAAGACAGACACCUCAAAAAAGGUUUUAAUUUCAUCAUAGAAAUAUAUUUUGUCACCUAUCAUCUAGCCUGCGUAGCAGCCCAAAUUGGGAAAUUUUGGGCCGUUAUGCAGGCUACAUAUCAUCGGGAAUGCUUAUGAGCUGAAAAGUAUCUGCUGAUAAUUUGUUAUGGGAUAGGGAGAUUUUACUUGACCCGUGAUACAAGUUUGUAUAAUUAGUGACUAAGAGUAAAAGUAAAACAACAGAAAGCAAUGGAAUAAGUGUCGCAAUGUCUACUGUAUUAUGCUUUUUUUCAUGGGCCAAGUAAAAUUACUUUAAAGUAAGGCCUGCUUGCACAAAUGUUAUGUGCAAUAUAAUAAAUACAGGCAGAUAUGUUGUAAAUCAAAAUAACUCUUAAUGGAGGUUAAUAUUUAUUAGCAGAGUGCAUAAUGUACAAAAUAAUAGCUCCAACCAGUAAUCACAAGUUGCCUUCAGUGACUAGAGUCAUAUAAUUGAAUUAUGCUUCUCAAACUACAUGAUCGUAUGAAUGGAGUUAUUUUUGGUUAUAAUAGGGUGUAUGAUAAGAAAGAAGUUUUUAUGUGUAUGAGAAUAUAUGAAAUAUAUAUAUUUGUACUGCAGUUGUAAUGUAUCAAAUUGAGCUGAUCCUCGCAGUAUAUGAAACAACUUAUGCAAGGAAUCUCCAGGGCACAGGUUCAAAUCCCGUUCAAGACUUCCCAAUUUUUCUGAGUCUUUCAAUUUGCAGCUGCAUAAAUUGCUUCAUAUACAGCGAGGAUCAGCUCAAUUUGAUAUAUAAAGAAGUGUUUUUUUUGAUCACCUUACCCCAUGGCCCUAUCGCCAGAAAUAAGAAGCAAAGAAAAAACUAACCUAGGAUUUAUAGUAAUGGUUUAUUUUAAUGCUGCACUCAUUUUCAGUAACAUGCACAGAAUCGUAGAUUAGCUGUCGCAACAAAGUAGUUGGUAGAGGAAGUCAAGACAAUAGGUAUGUGCCCAUGAAAUAAUAACAGUAUCCUUUCCAUGUUGAGGUAACAUGUUAAUUGACAUUCAACUGGAUAGACCAAAUCCAAUUUGUGGGCCAAAUUGGAAACCACCCAUUCUUGCACCCAGGUGUCUGGGUACGAGAAUGGAAACCAACCCUUUUUUGCUGUAUUUUUUACUGGCAUAUUAAAAUUUUCUAAACAUUUGA